AUGACUUUACAAGAAAAGUUUAAAAUUUGGGAUAAUACCCCAAGAGAAGAAUGUCCAUUCUGUUUCCGAAUGACCAUUCUUGAACAACAUAAUUGUAGUAAACAAAAUGGAAAGAAGUUUGAUAAAGACUUCUUACUCUAUUUACAUCAAGAAACUACAUGUGAGAUAUGCUUUAAGAAAGGGCAUCCUAAUUCUUAUUGUCCAAUCAGAACAUGUAAACAGUGUAACCAAAGAGGACAUAUUGUUAAGAAUUGUCCUAACCAACCACCACGAGUAACCGAAUCACUUAAAGGAUACUGGAAAAAUGAAGAAAAAGGAAAAGAUAAACAACCUCUUAUUCAGGAAGGUUGGAACCUUAUUUGCAAACAUUGCUUCCAAGACUUCCAUAAGGAAUGCCCAUACUUUAACUUGUUACAAAAACAGAAAACUGGCAAAUGUGGAUGUGAUCUAGAAAAAGUACAAGAAUUAUGA